UUACCUGCCUCUAAUGCCUCAUCAUCGACUAUACAAUUCCCGCCCCCUGCAUUGUGAAAGAAAACAAGAAGCAGAAGAAGGCAGACAACGGUACAGGGGUGGUAAGAUGGGAAGAGAGGAACAGCAAGGGAGGGGAAGAGAGCCAGGGAAGAGGCAGUGCAUGGAAAGGGCAGAAACACGACGACUCUGUUUCUGACCCCAUCCCAUGCUCUACCUCGUCCCCGUCUUGCGCCCGCCUCCCUCCCUCCCUGCAUCCAUUUGCGCUCACCUUGUGGUUGCCAUUGCUCCGGCUGUGGAACCGACAUGAGCUUUGCCGCUUCCAGGGAUGGAUAUUUAUGAGGCGCUCACAGGCUGUGGACUUGUACUGCCGUUUCUUCGUGGAUUUGAUGGUACCACUACUUUCAAGUACCAAACCCGUGGCUGCACGCGUCAGUACAAGGAGCUCAACCUGUACUGCAGCCGUCUCUUUUGUACUAUUUCGUUGAAUUUGAUCACGCAGCUUCCGAUUCAUCAACGAAUAAUCUUGUGAUAUGAUACUAUUAAUUAAUUGCUCAACUUUCAUGGGCUGGCUUAGGUAGAGAAGGGUAUGUCCUCAGAUUGGGGCUCCAAUGAUGUUAACUGGGCCGGGGUAGGAAGGGAUCAAAGGCUGGGACUCGUGGGCACGACGAGUGAUCUGUGCUCUCUCCGGCUUCAUCGGAUGAUGCCAAGGCCCUCGGCAGCAGCCUUUCUCUCUCCCUCUCUCUCUCGCUUCACGGACGCCAAUUCCGUCGGCUAACUCAGGCAAUGCAGGCUCUUUAUUGGCAUCACAAGAGGCUUGUCAAUCUGCCAUCACAUUCUCGCUGCCUCUUCAUUCAUCGGUGAAAAAGAAAGAAAAAAGAUGUUUAGUUUGAUGAGCAUCUCUUCUUAUUCAAGGAUGUAAAGGAUAUUGGAUGGUCCGAAUGCCAUCGAAGGUAAGAAGUGAUUGCAAAGAGCUUUCAUUUUGCAUGUGGAAAGCCAUGUCAUCAUCUACAAAGGGACAAAUUUCCCGUGGGGAUGCAGUGAGACCACAAGAAAAAUAAGGAGAUUGCAGUGGAACCAAGACCCCACAUCAAGAUUUUGCAGACACUCCUGCUUGAUUACCUGCACAACAGAUGCUUGAGGGAUUGCUACAGACAAAACUGGUGUCUUCUGUCCACUGGCAGGGAUCAAGUGGGCAUUCAAUUUGGUCUGCGUUGCUGUCUGGUGAUCUGCAUCUUCUCCACUUGUUGUGUUUCUCAGUACAUAUGGGUGCACUUGGAAGGGACUGUUGCUGGAUUUUGUGAUCAGUGGGCUUGUUUUGUUGCGUGCAGUUCUUGUUCUAGUUAAGCAGUCGGAGAAAGAACAUGUGGCAAAUUACAUGUGAAUAUUAUCGAUGGUUCCUUAUUAAGGGCUAAGCAUGUGAAUGACCGGUACUGCCAUAUAAAACUUGAAUCCAUGUGAAAUUCCUUGGUUUACAACACAAUGGUUACAUUCUUAUAGAGUUUAGUAGCUGACAAAAUUCUGUGGGCGGCCAUCAAAUAAAAAUAUUAGUGGAGUCGGAAGAACUUAAUGAUUAUGGUGGAAGAUCAAGUCAAAUGGUUAUGAGAUGGGUUAAGUAAAUUAAGAAGUAAGUGGAGUAAACUUAAUGGUUGUGGCCUUAUAAUUCUUGCUAUUCCAUUUAGCAGGGAUGAAGACAGUUGUUGGGGUAGUAUAGCCAAAGUUUUUUAUCCUGGAAAAUGAAUUGGACAUGUAUCAGAGACACAUGACAAGUAUUUCAGGUGGAUGCUGUAGUUGUUUGCAACCACACCAAAAUAUAGGUAAAAAGAGUUAACUUGUGUUAAAGAGAUGGACAAAGGGUUAAAUUAGACUUGUCUCAUGGUAGUUAGCUCAAUUUUGUCUCAAUAUGGAUAUGUCUUAAGCUGAGGAGGUGUGUGUAAUGUUUUAUUCUAAUUGAUCUUUUUCUUAGAUGGUGGCAGGAUUAUUUGUUUGUUCUUCCAUUAUAUUCCUAAAUCAUGCAAGAGAUUACCCAUUGGCUUUGUCGGGUCAUCAUGAGGAAGGAAUUAAAGGAAGUUUCCAUAGUCCAGAUCAACUGCAUCCCAUUAUGAAAGUAAAUAGUCCAAAAAGACUGUUCCAAUUGUCCUUUUUCUAUUCUUAAUUUCAUGAAUGGGAAUCCAAAGACUCUAUAUCUUUUCUAUGUUUCUGCUGGUGGGAAUUUUUAUCAAUGAAUAUAGUCUUUACAGCAUGCAGUCAUUUUUUUAACUGACUGUGUCAUCAUCCCUGAUUCCUUGGCCUGCAUAUUUAGUAUGAGCUAUGCACUUGUCAUUAUACCCAUUCUUUAAAACACUUCCUCAUGUUAUCAAAUCUGUAGUUUGUGGUGUCUUUUUCCUUUCCUUAAUAAGCUUACCUUCUCACUUCAGGGCCAAUAUCAACUUGUUAUGUUAUCAGUUGCACAGAGACUAAGUUUUCUUCCUACCACAGAAACAAACACACUGAUCUUCUUCCUGCAUCAUGUCAACCUCCCAAACCCCACAGCUAAUCCUUCUCCUUUGAUUACAUUCUCUGUGCACAUAAACUACUAAAUUUUUGGCGGUCACUUGAUCUCAGCUGCUUUGAAGCUAUUAGUUGUUAGUUCCGUGGCUUGUGCAGCAUCCAAAAGCAACUGCUGCAUCUCAACUAUUAGUCAACUGUUGAGCCACUGACCAAUUUCAUAUCUUUCAUCAUCCUCCAUGCUUACCUGCUUCUCCGUCUUCUGCUCUAUGGUGAGAAUGAUCUGGUGAACUCUCUUGCCUAACAAUCACAGCCUUGAAGCAGCCCUUGCACCAGAGAGAAUCAUGAAGCAGGAGCUUUCCACUGCUAAUCACAAGGUCUCCUCGCCAGUGUCAUCUGCAGGUCGAGCCAGAGUUUCCAGAAUGAAGGAUAGUCCGAGAGCAGUUACAGCUAAUGGAGCCUCACCGGGCUCGAGGCCAAGGCCAAGCAGCACCAAUGUGGCUAGAAAGUCUAUCCAAUUCAACAAGCUAAGGCCGGUCGUCAAUGAUGUGAGAAUUACAAAAGAAAGGAGUCACGAGGAUGCCAAGGUUGCUGGUCUUCAUGGAAGCCAGGUUGUUGAGCAGCAUGCUCGGUUGCAGCGGAGGUUGGAAUCAAACUUUAAGGGGCCUGAGGAUGGAGCCAGUACAAGGAUCAAAGAGUUGCAGGGUAGACUUGAUGAGAGUGAGAGAACGGUGAGGGACUUGCAAUCUGAGGUGUUGGCACUGAAAACUCAGAUAGAGAAUCUGCAAGUCCUCAAUGUUGAAUUGGAGUCACAGAAAAAAAAACUAGAGAAAGAUCUCUCUGGUGCUGAAUCAAAAAUUAAAGCUUUAGAGAAGCAUGACCAGGUGGAAUCAGUCAGAAAGUCUGGAUUUAUAGAUGUAUUGGAGGUUGUUCCUCAAAAGUCAGAAAAUAUUGCAGAAAUGGAGGUUGGAAGACAUGAUAAUUGCAAAAACCAGUCUUCAGUACUGAAUCCUAUCACCAAAGCUGUAGAAGUCCAGUUGGAAGUUUUGGUCGAGAACCAUUUUCCAGCUUUGGCAUCUCCCCUAUCCCCUAUUGCUAGGGCGCCGCCGCCACCACCACCACCACCUCAUAAUGCACAAGGAAGAGUGACAAUGCAUAAGGCUUCUGCACUAGCUGAAUUGUAUCAUUCAUUGACCAAGCAAGAUGGAAAGCAAGGAUCCAUGAACAAUGGCAGUUGUGCCCGUCCUCAAUCUAACAAGGCACAUCUUAGCAUUGUUGGGGAACUUCAACAUCGAUCGGCUCACCUAUUAGCGAUCAAAGCAGAUGUGGAAACAAAACGGCACCUCAUCAAAAAUCUUAUAGAGAAGGUGCGAUCAGUGUCUUUCGCAAAUAUGGAAGAAGUCUUGACUUUUGUUGAUUGGCUUGAUGGAGAGCUCUCCACCUUGGCUGAUGAGAGAGCUGUUCUGAAGCAUUUUGACUGGCCUGAAAAGAAAGCUGAUGCCCUGCGCGAGGCUGCCUUUGAAUUCCGUGAUCUGAAACGGUUAGAAGCUGAAGUCUCUUCUUUCAAGGAUGAUGUCUGCCUACCAUGUGAGGCCACCCUAAAAAAAAUUUCAAACUUACUAGAUAAAUUGGAGCGGAGCGUUGGUAGAUUGAUUAAGUUGAGGGCUGCAAGUAUGCUGUUGUAUAGCGAGUGCAAAAUUCCAACUGAUUGGAUGCUAGAAUCUGGGAUGGUUUGCAAGAUGAAGCAGGUAUCGCUGCAACUUGCAAGAGUCUACAUGAGGAGAGUGUCAAUGGAGCUUGAAUCAGUUCGGCCUUCAGAAAAGGAGACGGCACAAAAGGCACUUCUCUUUCAGGGGGUGCGUUUUGCUUACAGAGCACACCAGUUUGCAGGAGGACUGGACUCUGAAAUGAUGUUCACCAUUGAGGAGUUAAAGAAGAGGGUUGAGUCACGGGGUAGAGGACAGUAGAGGAACUUCAUGGUACGACCGUGCCAGUAUAAUAUGCGCAUCGAAGAUCAAUUCAAUUCUGGUAGUGAAGAGGGAGGCAUUAUGGAGCUGAUGGACUGAGGAUCCUCUGUCAGAACAAAAUUCUAGUCCUGUUCCAGUUUAAAUGAUGGCAUCCGAGGGGCAUCAACAACAGUUACACCAGACGCUUGUGUCCGAAAGAAGAAUAUCCAAGGAAUUUGAUGACCUCAACCGAACCAAAGAAGUAAAUUUUCGUGUGACGACUUCACAAGUUUCAAGCCGCUUUUCAAAGGGAUGGACACAGCGCAAUGCACUGCAUUUUCUGCAACUAAAAGGUUAUUUUGUGUGUGAGCUCUUCGCCAUGUAUUUGUCCAAAGAGUACAUAAACAUUUGAACCAAGUGGUAAUCUUCCACCAGCGGAUGAGAUGUAUGAGCGCUCUUGUCUAUGUGUCUGUGUCAAAAGUACUAGUGUGUUGUUACUUCCUUGGAACUCCCUGUUUCCAUGUCUCACUUUCAUUCUGUGUUCAUGUUUGACUGGUUAGCAAAGUUGGAGAGUCAACCAAAGUUUACUGAUGUGUCUCACUCAUUUUACUGUUUUGAAGGUGAUUAUUCCUGCACAUCAAAAUGCUGUCUGUUGUUUAUCCACACCAACUAAUGGAUUGAAUGCUCGUAAAAGGAUUCUAGUAGCUGAAUCAACUUGGCUAAUUCAGUGAGUUCUUUUGGUUCUUGAUCUCUCUGUGGCUGAGACUUCCUGCAGUCUGGUGCUCCAUGAAGUCAUCAUCCAUGACGAAUCAAGGUGAGGAGGAAAACAUUGACCAAGAAUCCAUCACUGGUCCAUGAAUUGCUUUAAGAUUGGUAAGUAUUUUUGUUAUCUUUUUAUUAGGAAUCAGUAAAUUGAAUUACUUGAUGAAUAAGGAAUUUGAGAAUCCGACUGUGCUCGAGAGGAUGCUGAUGGACGGCUCAAGAUUCAUCAGGUGGGCAACGUGUGGCAUGUGAUGUGCGGAGUGCGUCCGACAGCUCUCCUGAGCACAGCAGCUGAGGAGAGAGCAACGGCGUUGGCAUUUCCAUGUCGCUUCCGGCGGGCCCUCGCCCACUCACAUGGCAGCCAUUGAUGAGAGAGCUCACACCCAACAGGGCAAGCAUUUUCGGUAGCUCUCUUCCCUCCCCGCUGAUGCUCCCACAAUGCAACCAAAUCAUUGAUCCCACUGUUCACACAGUCCCUCACUGUUCUCUCUCUCUCUCUUCCUCUACCAACGACAAGAUGAUGUCUUCGUCCGGUGAAGGGUUGAGAGGAUGGCAUUCUUAUACAUCAAGAAAAAAACUAUGGUAUUUUUGCUUAGACAUUGGAUUCCAAAGCUGGGGGACUCUACGGUGAUGCAGCAGGGAAGAGCAGGCAGCACCUUUUAUUUCCAUGUCCUUUUCCCUCCCAUCCCUGUCUCCCCCUCCCCCCAACCCCUUUUUAGACCUUCCAAUCCUUUUUUAACUCCUAAGAAUCUCUGUUCCCAACGCCCGGCCUUUGCUUAGAACUGAGAAGAAACCGAAGCUGUUUCCUCACAUUAAUCUUUCAUUAACGCCCGGUGAUUAUUUUCCAAGUGUAAAAGGAAGUCUCUUCUUUGUCACGAAGCACGGAUUCUUCUCCGAGUUAUGUACUCCCUCUGAUGCAGCUGGUGGCAGAUACAUGUGCCUACUGAGAGCACGUUAUUGCUGCCCCUGCCGCAGUCGAGAAGUGUAGGUAAGCCACUGCAGCGCACUGCAGAAAUGUUGUCCUUGUCGUCAGCUGAGACUGCUCACCAGAAGGCAGAAGAAUUCUGGAUCUGAACUCGCACUAAGAAAGAAACACGUCUUCAUGCAUGCCAUUCAUUCUGUUAAUAUGCCAUCGAAUUAAAAUUUGGAUUGAAUCGGAUUUUUUAGUGCACUGUGAUGAUGGUUUCCUUUUUCUCAUCACCAAGAAGUUCGACCGAGGUGUGGGAACAAGUUUCUCCCUGCUCCAAGUUACGAGCAGGACAGGUCCAGCUCUGGAACCAUGUGCAAGCUUUGCUUGAUUGAGAAUUUAGCCAUAAAGAGGGAGAACAUGAUUGCUAAGCUCGUACUUCAUCAUGGUCUUAAUGCUCAAAGUAGUCCCGGUUGGAAUGACUCAACUAGUCCUACUGUCCUUCUGCAGAAGAUUUGCCUCCACAAAUGUUGGUAAGUGAUUCCCUUUCGGCUAAUUCUCUUAUUCUAUACUAAAUUUUGCUUGGUUUUGGAUGGCAAGACGAAGUAUGUGGAAUUGAAUCCAAAGAAUCAGACUGCUUCACUCUGACUGAAAGCCAUUGUUUGUGACAUAAAGAGUUCAUCCGAUCUUUAUGGGAUACUGUUUGACAAGAAGAUGACAAGACGUUAACCGUACACGAGAAGCGAGGUAGGGGAGGGCUGUAAGGUCAUUUCAUGGGAGUCUUCACGGGUAUUCUGGUCACUGGAAUCCAAGAGGCAAUGACCGGCCAUGUAGAACUGCUGACCCUUUCCCACUGCUCCUCAGCUGGCUGUAAUCUGCCCUCUUCCCCGGGUUUUGGUUUGCCAGAUUUCCAAACUGUAACUGACCAAGCCAAUUCUUUCAUGAAAUGACAUAUGUUUCUCCCUCAGGCUGAGAGAGAGAGAGAGAGAGAGAGAGAGAGAGAGAGAGAGUAUGGUUUCAGAGGAAAGCAGUCUUAAAAGAGUGAGGUAGCCAAUUAACUUACAAGAACUCAGCAGAAGCAGCAGCACGGGCAGAACUCUUAGCUUCAUUCCCGUGAUUUCAUGGGAGUUCUCUGCCCACAGGGACACCAAAACCAACCUGGUCUGCUCCAAUUCGCAGUGGGUUUGAGGCAGCUCGGGAAGGCACAGUAGAGCCAUGAGGGUGGUUUGUCCGGGAAGAGAGGGAGGGAGCAGCUGAAGACAAAAGGUUGGUGGUGGGAUUGGUCUUCAGGUUCCACUUCCACUUGAUGGUGAUCGUAUCAUUUAGAUCGACCGGAGGUCCCUCGAGGGUGUUGGAGGUGCUUUCCCUUCGGCCUCUGUAGAUCCUUCUUGCUUUGCUUCUUUGGGGAGAUCAGAGCCCGGUCAUAUGA